CUUGAUUUAUUCAACCUCUUAAAGGAAGAGAGAGAGAGAGGGAGAGAGAGGGCGUUCUUCUUCCCUUCUUACCCGCUGUUUGCCGCUCCUCCUCCUUCCCUGCGGCGCGUGAACUCCGUUCUGAGCCUCCACAGCUAUUCUUCUUCCCUUCUCCUCUCCUUCUUUUCUAUCUCCAAGUUUAGGGAGAAAGCUAGAAGAAGACAAGAGCCGACCUCUUCUCCCUCACCCUCGGGCUCCCAAGCUCUCAACCGCAUCCCCCGGUCGGCUCUUUUUUUUUUUCCCCCUCCUCCCUCAGAGCUCUCGUUUGAACUCUUUUUUCUUGCUUUUUGGCUCCUCCGCCGCUGUGGACAAGGCUUCCCCUUUGGCUCGCCCUUUUCUGGUUGGUUUUCGCUUCGGAUGGAGCCUUGGAGGACCCAGGUUUGAUCCUCCUCUUCUUCCCCCCAGCUUUUGGUAAAGAUUGGAGGAGACCCCAUCUUUUGAUCCUUCUCUGGGCUGGAUUUCACCGUCAUGGAAAAGUUUUUGCUCAACCUAAACCCGUUCCGGUUCAAGCAGACGGUGUUGAUGAGAAGCCCAGUUUUGCACGGUCGAGUUCUCUGAAAAAGGUGAUGUUUUGGGGGGAUUGUUUGUUUAUUCGGCGCUUUUGGUUCAAAAGAUAGGCGUGCGAGCGAGCCCGGUUCUUAGAUUUUUUGGGGGUUUCCCGUUGGAAUGAGUUGACUUGUGGAAACCCUAGUUACUGACUCGAGCUCUCUGACAUUGUUGCUCGAAAUCUCCCAGAGUUGUUGCCCUUUUGUCCCCCCCUUCGUUUCCUGCGCUGGUUCUGAGAUUUUUGAACUCUCUAAGCUUGAUCUUUUAGGGUCCCAUAGGUGGUUUGGAAUGCUACUUUGAUCUGGUGUUGGUGUUGUCUACUGCCACGAUGUCAGGAAACAGUCCUGAUUUUGUGAAGUGGAGGGAGGAGUUCGUCUCACAGGAGCGUGGAAGCCGAGUCGUCCACUACUACCUGGAAGACUCCAAGGGAGAUUCCCAUCUUGCCGUUGUUGGCACCGAAAGGAGCCUGAGGCACAUGCUUUAUGUGGUUUCGGAGGAGUUCUGUCAGGCCUACGGGCCGGACAAGUCGGGGGUCUCUUGCCUCAAGUGGAGAUCGAGAAGAGAAGUCGUAGAUUGGCUGACUUCAUUUCUUCCAGCAAAGACCAGCACCGAAAAUAAUUCAAAAUCGGAAAAAUAUGAGUUACCACAAUCUUUGAUUGCUGAUGUGGAGGUGAAUGGAUUCAAUGAGACUGGAGGAUAUCUAUUUAAACAUAUGGAUAAAGGCCACAAUUCAGACAUUGUGUGGUCUGGUGUUUCCUGGACUUGUGGCAAACAGCUUCGGCAUUACCAAGCAUUCUGUCGCAAUGGAACCACCAUAGCUACCCAUUCGUUUGUUCUUGUCAUGUCUGAGGUGGUCAAUCGCUAUCUUGCUUAUUUAGAAGAUAUGUAUGAAGACAAAAAAGGGCAGAAGAAGGUUAAAGUACGAUGGUUUCAUCAAAAUCAAGAAUUUGCUUGUACAAUACCCCCACCUACUCCGCAUCCCAGUGAAGUCUUCAUCACACCUUACUCUCAAGUCAUCAGUGCAGAGUGUGUGGAUGAUAUAGCUACUGUUUUAACUCCUGAACACUAUGAAAAAUGCUUGGCUUCAUUGCCAUGUGCUUCUACAGCAGGAAUCCGUUUAUGCUUUCGGCAGUACAGCAAAAACAAAUUCAAACUCUUUGAUUUAAGAACUUUGCGUGGAUAUUUUAAUCAGGCAGUUCUUGCACGCUUGGAUAUAAGCACCGUGUUUGAGAAGGAAGAGGAAGAAUCUGGUCAUGGAAGAAUCACAAAACGUGCUGGUCCCAAGAGAAUAAGGUUCAUCAAGGGGCACCAGAAAUUUUCAGCAGACCGUUUAGCUGCAAAGAUGUCAAGCCAUAUAACAGCCUGCAGACCAGCUUAUGAAAACCUAAGGUAUGAGUUACCUGGUAGAAGACCACUGUCGGUGAAGUUUGUUGGACCACGCAAUUGGCCUACCCCACCUUUUAAGGUUGGCGAGAAGAUAGAGCUGCUCUGUCAAGAUAGUGGCAUCAGAGGCUGCUGGUUCAAAUGCACUGUUUUGCAAUUAUCUCAUAAGAGGUUGAAGGUUCGAUAUGAUGAUUUGCAGAAUGUUGAUGGCUGUGGGAAUGUGGAGGAAUGGAUCCCUGCCUUCAGACCAGCAGCUCCUGACAAAUUGGGCAUGAGAUUCUCAGGCCGCCCAACAAUUCGUCCUUGUCCUUCAUGUGAUUGUUUACUCGAUACUAUUGCUUAUGUUAAUGGAACCCCGGUGGAUGCGUGGUGGAAUGAUGGUUGGUGGGAAGGAGUUGUUGUUGGAACAGACAGCUGUGAAGAUGAUAGUCUGCAAGUAUAUUUUCCAGGUGAAGAUGUCUUCUUAAUAUGCCAGAGAAAAAAUUUAAGAAUUUCUAAAGACUGGGUAGGGAAUCAGUGGGUCAAUAUCCAAGCCAAGCCAGAUAUCUUGUCAGCAAUAUCUUCAGUUAGCCGUGGUGCAGAGCUAACUGAAUGCUUAAUCUUCACCAAGAGGGCGGAAUCCGGCAGUUCUAUAAUGUCAGACCAAGAAGUCCUUGCUACACAAGCCAACUCAAAUGAAGAAGAUAAGCAAGCAGAAGCCAGCUUGAGUGAUAGAACUGACCUAAACAUGAGGCAAGUUAAUUCACGAAAGCGGCCGAAGGAUGAAGGUGCUGAGGAAGACUCUGAGGAGAAGGUAGGCAUAGGUGGCGAUGAGAGUUGAAGGCUGGCAAUUGUAGUUGGAACCAGGCUCGCUUUCAAGUUUUUCUCUUUUUUUUUUGUACAUAGACGUGUGAGUAUAAAGUAUCAUAUACAAACACGAUGAUGUUACUUUCUAGUGCCAAGUUAGCUGCACUAUAAUUAGGAGAACCAUGGAGGUGAACUGACUGAAGACUUGGUGAUCUUUGUGGCUUUAGUUUAAGCUUUUGACAUUCUGUUUAGCAAUUUAAUUCCAGAUUAAGACCA